AUGGACUUCCUCAAGCAGGCGCAGGGCUUCAUGGGCCAGCAGGGCCAGCAGCAGCAGCAGGCCCCCAUGCAGCAGGGCGGUGUUCCGCUCCAGGGCGGCGUCGCCCAGCCCGGCAUGGCUGGCCAGCCCGGCCAGGCCACCGGCCAGCAGGACGCUCUUGAUAAGGGAGUGGACAUGCUUCUCGGCAAACUCGGCCACAAGCAGUCCGUUGCCGUCACCGAGAAGAUCUCGGACGGUGUCCGCUCGGCGUACAAGUCGGCCACCGGCAAGGACAUCCCUAUCAAGGACCAGCAGUAG